GAAACAAUGUUUUACGCUGUUACAGACGUUUAGUCCUUUUAUUAGUCCAUAAGUUUCGGGCAUUAUCUUCAGUCUGUUGUUUCUGUGCCUAGAAUGGCGACGCUAGCUAGCUAACGACAGCUAGCAAACAUGCUUUGCUUUGCUUUAGCUGAACAAACACAUGCUUGUCUUUCAAGUUACCUAACCAGCUGAGUACAAAGAAAGCCCUCGCCGUCAGUCGUUCUUCAACUUAUUUAUAAGACCUAGGUUGUGGCACAUUUGCCAGAUUCCUCAGGUGGAAUCUCUUUUCUUAGUAGCAGUGAAAAUCCACAGGAGAGUUGUGAGGAGAGCUCCGUGUCCAACCCCUUUUCCUAUACAGACAUCCGGCCAGAAUGUCCAGUGACCCUCCUCCUCCGUACCCCGGAGGUCCCAGUGCCCCACUCAUUGAGGAGAAGAAUGGACAACCUGUAAGAACUACUCCUAUACAGGGACAGCCCUUGCCUCCAGACUAUGGUCCUCCACCCUAUGAGGCCUCACAGCCAGGUUUCCUUCCCCCACAUGUCCCUGGAGAGGGACCCAUGCCCAUGCCAAUGCCUCAUCCACCAGUCCAAUCCAGGUUCAGUCCACCAACUCCUCAGAUAUACAUCUGGGACUGCAGCUCAGCUUCAGUUUGGGUUGGUAGGAGCUGGAAAACCAAAACAAAAAGUGGCCCCUACCCACCUCCGCCCGGUCACUUUCCUCAUCCGAUGCCAGGACAGAUGGGUCCUGGUUCCAGUCACUUUGUCCACAUGGGAGGUCACACAGCGACCGUCCUGGCUCCUCCAGGAGCAGCCACCACUGUGACCGUACUGCAGGGGGAAAUGUUCCAGACCUCGCCGGUGCAGACUGUGUGUCCGCACUGUCAGCAGGCAAUCAUUACCCGCAUCUCCCACGAUGUCGGACUCAUGAACACGCUCUUCUGCCUCUUCUGCUUCUUUGUAGGGUGUGAUCUCGGCUGUUGCUUGAUUCCCUGUCUGAUUGAUGACCUCAAGGAUGUGACACACACCUGCCCUUACUGUAAGGGCUACAUUUAUACAUACAAGCGUAUAUGCUAACAACCGACAGCUGUAUGCACGUGCACACACACAAACUCACAGCUCCUCCUGCUGGUAGUGACAGGCUUCUCCCCAUUUUUGCAAAGUGUUGUGUAGCCCUCUUAAAUUGUAAGUGCAGUUUUCUCAAUAGUUGGAUACACAGAAUAUUUACUGUAUAUAUCUUUCAGCAUAAUUCUUUCAUGUAUAAACCUGCAUUUGAAUUGUACAAAUCUCACUGAACUACAGAAGAUGUAGGACACUAAAACAUCCACAGAGAUGGAUAGGCAGCAGUCACACAGGUGCAUCUGAUCCUGUAUGGAAACCUGGGAGAAAAGGCUGGUGAUGUUAUACAUAUUAAUGGGGAAAAAAACAUCUUUGGACACACAGCCUCAGUUAGAGAAAACUGUGAAAAUGGUCACUUUAUUUAUUUGAAAUAAUCUGUGAAUCUUGCUGAGAGGCAAGUAUAUUGAAGUCAAAAAUGCUGGUUAAGGUUUUUUUUUUCUUAUUUAAUUCAAAUAUUUUAUCUACUAUUUUAACAAGUUGAUAUAGAGAACUGUGAACAUGUUUGUCCAUGUCUGAUAAUUUUGUUCUAACAGAUGUAGUUUUUCCUUUUAUCAUUAUCCCUUUUCGAAUGUGAGCAAACUAAUGAACCAUUUUCAGCUCGGUAAACUGAUGUAUUUGCUUAUUUGGGAAUGUCCAAGAUUGAUGUUACUUGCUAUAUUUAUUAGCCCAGAAGUCACGAAAUGUUAAGUGAUUUACGGUUGAACACAUUAAUGCCCCAUCUGUGAUGUACUUAAUUUUGAUAAUAAAGCCAAGAUUUGCACUUUAAGUUGGAAUUCACAUUUCCCCCUCUGAUGCAUUCAUACAAACUAUAAACCUCAGUUGUCAUUAGUCUUUGAGAGAUUUUAGCUUUGAGGGGAAAAAAACAUAUGCACUUAUUCAGAAUAUAGUAGACUUUGAGUUUUACUGUUACUGAUGGAGACACACUGCAUGACAUCUCAGUAAUCUUGUGUCGUCUCUCUGGCCUGUGUGUCAGUCUAAUGCACCGCUCCAAACUAGAGUAUCUUCUCACUGAUACUGUUGGCUGAUUGUUUGUUGGUGCAACAGUAAACAGGUAGGUAGUUUAAAAUAGAAAAGUAUGUUGGCAAACAAAUUACAGUGGUGGCACCAUCAUCAAAUAUCGCGGUUUAGCUUGUAAACCCUCCUACUAUGGCACCAGCCCUUAAAAGAAUACCUGCAUUGCUCACAUGCAUGUUAAAUAAUACAGAUGUCUUUUGACUAAUACUAAAUAGUGACCUCUCUGCUAGGAAUAAGCUUCAAAUAAAUGAUUGUAUCAGACAUCUUGCAAAAUGACAGUGAUUCCAUUGAUUAUUACUAACAAUGAAACAACCAUUGUUCCACCACAGCAUGCCCAAACUGCCAUUCACCUUCACUCACCAAGUGCAGAAUUUGUCUGCAUGAACCACACAUCAAAAUGAAUAAUUCUCACUGGCUAGUUCCUUGACUCUAUGUGCAUUUGAUUUUUUUUUCCUUUCUUUUUUGUGAGGCUAGCUAAGCUGUGCAAGAAAGUUUUGAGUUGAAGGAUUGCAUUGAACUUUUAAUACAAAGUACUGUAUGCCAUUGUUGUGGCUAAUACUGGUCUGCAUUGCUCUCUAAAUGUCUGUGAUAUGUAUAACUAAGUCAAUUUGACUGUUGUAUACAGGUACUAUUUUAUCAAUAAAAAUCAGAACAUGA